AUGGCGACCAGGAUGGAUGAAAUCGACGAGAAAAAGCAGGGUGGUUACGCUCUGGGGACAGAGGUGGAUCCGUCAACCUCGUUUGACAAGAUCAAUGCACUAGUUGCUGAAGAUCAUGAACAUGACAUCAAGCUGCGCACCAUGUCCUGGCAGAAAACGGCUGUUCUGCUAGCCGGAGAUCAGGUGUGUUUGGCCAUCAUGGCGCAAUCGUGGUCUCUCAGUGUGCUCGGUUGGGUUCCUGGCAUCAUCACAAUGGUCCUCUCCGGCGUUUUGUUCUGGAUUACUUCGAUCACGAUGCACAAGUAUAUUAUGAAAAACCCUCAGAUCAAAGACAUCUGUGACUUUGGAUACUAUGUAUUCGGACAGAGCAAAGCUGCCUACGUCUUCUCGGCAUUCAUGCUGCUCGCGAAUAACAUUCUCCUGAUUGGAUUUCAUGUCCUUACUGGUUCUAAGGUCCUGAAUACCUUGUCCGGCCAUACUUUGUGCACUGCCGUCUUUUCUGUCAUUGUGACCAUCAUGGGUGUCAUCAUGUCUACUCCGCGGACUCUGCAGCACGUCAGCUUCAUGUCUAUGUUCUCCUCUGCCUGCAUGGGAAUCGCAAUACUCCUCUUCCUCAUUUUCGCCGGCAUUGAAACGGCUCCCCUAUACGGAUACUUUGGUGACUACCCGACGGAUGGACCCGUUAAAACAUACGCGUUUCCCCUCCCGGGUACCACUUUCGUCAACUGCAUGAAUGCUGUGUUGAACAUCACCUUCCUCUGGGUUCCACAGAUUCUCUUUCCAACCUUCAUCUCCGAAAUGGAACGGCCCCAGGACUUCCCCAAAGCCCUGGCUGUGCUUGCAGCGAUCUCAGCCAUUUUGUUUAUUGUCCCCCCUGCCAUCGGAUUCCGGUAUCUAGGCCAAUACGCCACGGCUCCGGCAUUUGGCAGUUUGGGCGUUGUGUCGUACAAAAAGGCAUCUUUCGGCUUUGUGAUCGUCCCGACACUCAUCAUUGGCGUAAUUUAUGCUAAUGUCUCCGCGAAAUUCAUCUACCUUCGCUUAAUGGGGAAAUCCAGACAUGCGCACAGCAAUACCGCUAUCGGCUGGGGUAUUUGGGUCCUUGUCAUGAUUGGCAUUUGGCUUAUCGCAUUCAUCUUCUCCGAGGUUGUGCCUAGUAUGGGUGAUUUCCUGUCCCUGCUGAGCGCGGCAUUCGAUUCGUUCUUCGGGUUUAUAUAUUUCGCUGUCGCUUAUUGGCAGCUGAACCGAGGAAGGCUUUUCGCUGGCGUGAAACAGACGACUAUGACUUUGAUCAACAUCUUCAUCAUGGCUGUGGGAUUGUUCUUGCUGGGACCUGGUCUUUAUGCUGCUGUCGAGGCUAUCAUCGUGGAUUACUCGGGGAGCGUGACACCCGCUUUUACAUGUGCUAAUAUGGCCAUCUAA